GCCCAACGACGUCGACGACUCUUUGAUCAGCGCUCUCUUUUCCUGCUCAGCGCUCAGGCCACCACACAAACCAUCAAUGUGCCUCACCGCUUGUCGGUGAACAUGAUUAUACUUGACGACACAGACGAUCCACACAACUCCGACAAACUCUCGGACGACUCCCGCUCAGUAGUCCGCCCCUCAACACCCACACCCUCCCUCCCUAGCUACGAAUUCUCCCAAGCGCUCAAUCUCCCCCGGGACGCCACUCUUGAGCAACCCGUUGAAGAGCCGGUUGAGUCAAAAUAUCUGACAUGGUGGCAGAGGUACUCCAAGGCCCGCUUCCGACGUGCACUCCUGUACGCGCUGGUGAUAUACUUUUUCCUCACCGUUACCGUCGGCGUGCCUAUCAUCGUUAUAAAGCUGCGACAACGAUCAAGCCAACAUCAGAAACUCUUCCCGCCUGGGCCGACUGCCUCCGAUUCCGUCAGUUUCAUUGUGGGCGGAAGCGAGUCAUUUUCUAUAUCCUCUGCAGUGGGGUGCAAUCAAUGGUCGGAAGAGAACAGCACACAGUCGAUGCUGGAAUACGCGCUGCCGCUGUCAGACCUUGUCUUCAUUCAGUCGAAUGUUUCCUAUGCUACCGAUUCCACUACCGUUCAAGACAUCUCAGGCACCCUGGACGUCGGCGUAAAUGCGGACCCUUCGGUCACCGAGGCCAUUGUCUCGGUUUCUAUGCAAUACUCCGACGAAGCCCUGAAAGAGCGCACACACGUGUGCUUGAUGAACAUUUCCGACAGCAAUGGAGUGUAUCUCUACGUGCCGUCGAACCUCACCUCAAACGACACCCUCAUUUUCAAUAUGACCUUCCUUUUCCCUCAAACACCAUCAUUACUGCACGUCAACGAAUUCCUGACGAUGCUGCCGCAUUUCACGCAGUGGUUUACCAACCUAUCGCCAUAUGUGACUUUCGACAGAGUUUCGCUUGGCGGGCCAAGAUCGAAGGUGUCAGUGAGGUCGAUGGAUGCGAAUUCACUUGUCGUCAAGACUGCACUAGCAGAGAUAGAGGGAACGUUCAAUGUGACAGAGUCUUUGGUGCUGGACACCGUCUCUGCUCCCAUCAACGUCAAUGUCACCCUGACCAACACCGGCGAUGGGCCUGUUUUUCUCGACGUCGGCACGGGCAAUGCAGAAUUGUCCGCAGCUGUCCAUUUGAAUCUCUCACCUACCUUGACAAUCGAGGGCAGGAUGCCCGACUUCAUGACUAGGUUCCAGACGUUCAACGCUCCCCUCGCACUUGUCAUCAUGCACGAUCCUAACUCGGCGGCUGGCAUUUUGGAUGUCCGCGUCGAGAAUAGCAUGGGCGAGGCGCUUGUGAGCGUGGACAACAUGUAUACCGGUUUCUUCGACGUCAUGACAACAUUUGCUACGGCGGAAGUGCUCACGUCGUCGGUCGACAGUAUCAAUGCUUUGUCGGAUUACGACAUGAGCAUGUACAAGUCCGCGCUGUCAUCAAGUACAACACCUGGUUCGGCAGCUGAGCGGAAUGUGGACUUCGAUGUUAUCCAUACAUCGAGGAUCAUCGGAUGGGUAGGCACCGGCACAAGGCCAUCAGCCGUACCAGGACCAAAACACCAUAGUGGGCAAGGCUCGAUCGAGGUCAUGUCAACCCUCAGUCCAGUCGCGUUGCUGCUGGGUCCAUAGUACUGGUACGUGCGCGUUCCGAGAGCAGACGGGCGGGUCUGUACCUCGGGAUGGCGUGCGUACGAGUGCGGCCAGUACGUAGCAGGGAUCUGUCAUGUAGAGUAAUGUACUUUUAGUCGUUGGGACAAGGUGGGAACACGGACGCUCUUCUCUCUCGGUACAACCGUUAUGCUGCUGUCCGUGUCCGUUGCUGUGAACGUAAUACACGCGUUCCUUCUUUUUGUCAUUUUUGUUGGCAUAGUCUUUUUUUCGCGUCUCGCGCGUUGCAAUUCCGCCCUAAUGUUAUUAUCGUUUACUACAACACCAUUCCUAGCCACGAAGAAUAGGACAUAUUCAUCGU